AUGUUGCUGACUGUGCUUUCCUUCAAGCUAGCAACCACCGCGGUUGCAACCACUGUUCAAUCGUUAUCCUGCCAGUCGGUAAUUGCUCAAGAUGCCCAAGUCAAAACCACAUCCGGCCUCAUCACCGGGCACCUCUUCCCCGACGCCUCCUGUGCACUUGAAUUUCUCGGCAUUCCCUACGCAAAACCCCCUCUAGGUGACCUACGAUUCGCACCACCCCAAAAGCUCCUCACCCCGGACCUCUCCCGUAACGCCUCCUCCUUUGGCUACGACUGCCCCCUGUCCCCCUCCAAGCCAUCCAACUACCCAGGCUUGACUCCCCAAGCCCAGCGAAUAAUCAACUUCUUCGCUUCCGCCGUCGGCACCCCCCAGAAUGAAGACUGCCUCACCCUCAACAUCUGGUCUCCCCUCCCCCCUCAGCCGCAGCCCCUCAAACCAGUCCUCAUCUUCUUCUACGGCGGCCGCUUCACAAUCGGCAACACCAACACCCCCUUCUACCACGGCGGCCGCCUCGCCUCCGCCGAGGAUAUUAUCGUCAUAACAGUCAAUUACCGCCUCAACAUCUUUGGCUUCCCUGGCUCAUCCCACCUCCCGUUUCAAAACCCCGGGUUUCAUGAUCAACGCGCUGCGGUGGAAUGGGUGCGUGAUAACAUCCUUGUCUUUGGCGGUGACCCAAGCAAGAUCACCCUUGCAGGACAGUCCUCUGGUGCCGUGAGCGUGGAUAACUGGGCAUACGCCUACCACGGCGAUCCGAUUGUCCGGGGGUUGAUCGCCCACUCCGGCACCGCGCUUUCCUUUCCAUCAAAUGCGAAAUCUGUUCAGCAAUCCAAUUUCGAAGCUGUCGCCAGUUUGGUCAACUGUUCCCUUCCCAACCCAAUCACUUGCAUGAGGGCAGUCCCCUGGACAACCCUCCUCUCGGCAGCCUCGUCUAUCAAACCAGCCAAAAGCAGCAGUCGAUUAAGGGGCAUACCACCCUUUUGGCCCGCACCGGAUAACAUUACCUUUUUUGCUGCUGAUGAGCUCACUGGGCUGCCUUUGGCGAGGAUUCCUGUUUUGUUGGGGAGUACAGAUAAUGAGGCAGGGUAUUAUCGUGUUCCGGCUUAUGCGCAGAAUAUAACUCCUACUGUGGAGGAGGUGAGGUCGUUUCAUUUGGAGAGUUUUACUUGUCCAGUGUUGUAUCAGGCUGGUCAGAGGAGGGGGAGGGGGGUGCGGGCUUGGGUGUACAGGUAUGGUGCUGAUUGGGAGAAUACGAGGUUGUAUGAGGGGUCAGGGGCGUAUCAUGGAGUGGAUAUGAAUAUGGUUUUUGGGAAUGGGGAGGUGGUGAGUGGGAUUGAGAUGGAAAAGGAGCAAAGGGAGUUGAUGGGGUUUGUUCAGGGGGCUUGGGGGGGGUUUGUGAGGGAUCCGGGAGGGGGAUUGGAGGGAGUGGGUUGGGAGGGGUUUGGGAGGGGGAGGAUGGCGGUUAUUGGGAGGGGGAAUAAGGCGAUGAUUGAGUUUCUUGAUGUAGAGGGAUAUGAGAGGGAUUGUGAGGGGGUUGUUGUCGGGGCGUUGGGGGUGAUGGGGGGUUGA